UCUUUCGAAAGAAACCCAGCGGUGAAAACCAAGUUAGUGAUGUUGACAGGAUAGAGGAAGGGACUGCUACUUCAACUUAACAACAUGUCCCGAAACGACCUUGCAGCAAUGUUGAUAUGAAUCACGAAGAAACAAGCAAAAAACGAAAUGAAGACCUUAUUAGGCAGCAUGAUAAGAAUAUUUUGGAGCUAGGUUUCACUAUUGCUCCCAGCAGCGAAAAAGUACCGCUUCCCAUGUGCCUAGACUGCGCCAGAAUUCUUUCAAACGACGCAAUGAAACCCGCAAAGCUAACCAAAUCAUGUGGAAGUCAACGUUCUACUUCGCCUUGCAGAAACUUCAUUAGAACCGUGUUUGACACGUGUAAUAUCUAAAAGACAGCUGUGAAUUUCUCAAUAAAUUGGAUGGUUUUCUUUUGCAUCAGUCCGCGAACCGAAAAAGGAUUCAAAGACUCCGGGGGUUCGGGACCUUCGCCCACAUCCUUAAACUGCUUCCUUGCAGGAUUGUUAUGGAUCCUGAAAUUUUUCGACUGGCAAAAAAGAACAAGGUUCCAGGCCAAGAAAAUGAAACUGGAUCUGAUUACCACCCUUGUUUGGAGAGUGCAGUCACCAAGUCGAUGGGCGAAAACCAACAGCCUCAUCCGUCUGCAGGCACAGUUACAACUUUGAAUGAGACUGUUACUUCCGGCACUGUCUCACAGAUGCCAAAAGAAGCAAAUCAUGACGAAUAUAGUUCUUUGGAAAGUCUGCCGUGCGCUGAUUCACAAUCUUUUGAGGCCUGCGCCUUCGAUGCCGAAUUAAAAGAACUUAUUGCCAAAAUGAAUUAUCGCCAAAUAUCAUUUCACACUUGGGCAUCGUAUCCAAAUCUAUGCCAAGGAGUUAUGGAACUGCACAUCGCGGAAUCGUCAUAUUUCAAAGUAUCCGUCUCCUGUCCGAAUCUGAAAUAUGUAUUCGGUACAUUGGAUGGCAUAAUGAAAUCGCGUUUGCAUGUUUCUGCGUCGUGCUCAGAUCUGUUGAAUCAAAAGGUGGAAUCGGAAAUUUUGCAGUUGACUGGACGAUCACUUUCCGCUUCAUGCCCGAAUUUGAUUCGCCUAGAGACGGAAAGGAAAAUACCAUCACAGCUGCCAUUUUUGCCUGAUUUAUGCGGUUUCAGCAGUCACAAGGACAAUGUUGAUACCCCAAUGCUCGCGCCUAAUAAUAUCGACGCAAAUACACCUGCUCUCCAGUCCGCCACAAGAAUUGUAACGAGUCAGUUAGUUCUUGAUGGAGAAUUUGGGAAAACAACAUCGAAACACGUCUCCGUACUUAGAUCGAGUUCAUCUGUAAUGAUCGCCGCAAAGUCUUGUUUGAAGAUGUCUGUUUCAUUACCUAAUUUAUUUCACCAAUGUGAAGUACUGGUGAAAAUGGAAUCGCGUUUGUACAUUUCUGUAUCCUGUCCAGACUUGAGAAAGCAAUCUAAUGAAAUUGCAAUAUCAAAAUUAUCUGCUUCUCCGAUUUCUCGUUUCCAAACAACCAACAGAAUCAUUUAG